CAGUCUGCGCGCGCACGCGUUUCGUGUUUGACGUGUGGCGUGUUGUCAAAAGUUCAAAACGCUCGCGACACUCGUACCGAUUUCGUAACGUUCCGUGCUAGUGAAUUUCAAUAUUUACCUUUGUAAUUUAAUUUAAAAAGACUUGUAAUGGAUAUAAACGAUCGAAAAGUAAAUUCGCGUACGCAUUCGAUCACAAUGAAUCGUGAUUCCAAGUUUAUUUUCCGAAAAAUCAUAAUGGAUUUCGCCAUUCUGUUUUGCAUUGGCUUCCUCAUACUGUCGUUCUACCUGUGGGGCACCCCCUACAAGCGGGGCUUCUUCUGCGACGAUGAGUCCCUCAAACACCCUUACCGGGAGUCCACCGUGACCAACCUCAUGCUGUAUAUCGUUGGCCUUUGCCUUCCAGUUGUUACGAUGUUCCUUACGGAAUGGAUCCACCUCCGAGACCACAAGAGUGGCCGCCCGCGGGAACUCAUGGGUAGAGAGAUCCCCACCUGGGUGUGGGAGGCCUACAGAGUCGUCGGAGUGUUCCUGUUUGGUUGCGCCUGUCAGCAGCUCACCACCGACGUCGCCAAGUACACCAUCGGAAGGCUGCGGCCACACUUCUUCGAUAUCUGCCGGCCGAACAUAAACUGCACCGCGCCCGAGAACAAGUGGCGAUACAUCGUAGACUUUGAAUGUCUCCGCACUGACGAGCCCAAACUGAUCAAGGAGAUGCGGCUCUCGUUCCCCAGUGGACAUUCUUCCUUCUCCGCGUAUACUAUGCUGUAUUUCUCAUUCUACCUCCACAAACGCUUCACCUGGCGUGGCUCCAAGCUGCUCCGUCACGCGAUUCAGUUCGUGCUGAUCAUGCUGGCGUGGUACACCGUCAUGACUCGCGUGUCCGACUACAAGCACCACUGGAGCGACGUGCUGGCCGGCUUCAGCAUCGGCAUGCUGGUCGCUAUAAUCGUGUUCGCAUUCGUAUCGAACCUCCGCAAGACGCCACGGAACCGGCAACCCGUCAGCCACCACGACUCCGAGCUGCAGACCAACGGCAACACCCGCGCGGCCUCUGGUUGGCGCGUUUGACAAUCCGACGACGAGCGACCGCAGCAGGUCAUCUCCCACGAGUAUUGAAGCGCAAGUGUAGCUUAAUUGAACUAUUGAUUAUAACGCCAUCUGUGCUUGGUACGUGG